GAAGAAACAAGUGAAGUGACCAACAACCAUUUCCACGUUAUCGGUUUUUAUUUAGACAUUUAUUCACACAAUGGAACUCAAAAUAUGACAAAUUUAACAGCACAGUAUUACAUAUGUACCCCAGGUAGUCUUUCAAUCGCAUUAUAGUCAGGACAUUAUCUAGUUAACGCUAGCUGCUAACGUUAGCAAACAAUGGCUAACUGUAUGGUUUUUCACACUCAAAUAGCCUCUAUUAUGGAGGUUCUAGCGAAUGCAGCGGUGGCAGAGAUCUGUAAACUCGUAGACGAUGACUAUGCAGUGUUUCGUUUGGAAAUAACUCGAAGCCAGAAAGAAAACAUGGCAUUGCGGAGGAAACUUCUGGAAUCAAAGGUGGCACGGGAGCGCGCAGAGAGGACAACGCGAGAACGCGUCCUCGCCAGUCGUCCCUGUAGUGCCAAGACCCUCGUCCGAUGCAGAGGAAUGGCAAGAGGUGAAGGGCAUCUCACUGGAGGCUACAGGAGCUUUGUGAAGCCAGCGGGACACAAUACAUGGAGAGAUGACCAACCAAUCACUGUUGAUGAGUGGAGUGGAACCUCAACCCAGCAAGUUGUGAUAGAUUCUGCAGAUGCAGAGGCUGCAGGUCCUGGGGUCAAGCUGGAGAGGUCUGAAGGAGAGGAGGACCCAAAACACAGCAGAGACAUCCAGACUGGAUUGGCUGGAGUGCCCCCUGUAGCUACGGAGGACCCCACCAUCACCCCAGCGCAGCCUAGGACCCAAUGCAGCAUAACGGAGGUCAAUGGAAUGCCAAACGCCAUCCUCAAGUCAGAGACAGACACAAAAACUUUAACAGUGCUGGAGCGACUGGGCUGUCCUCCUGCUCCCCGUUCAAAGUAUUUACUUCACGGUAACCUGAGCCCGAGGACGGUUCUGUCCCAUCAGGACUCGGGUGACGCAUUACAGACUGGCAAUGAUCCAUCCUGUUCAUAUGUUACAGAGACAGAGAUGAUACCUGGUGACAUGCCUGUGGGCUUAGAUACACAGACUAAUCCAAUGAGAGGGGACUGGAACCGGUACAGUAGUAGUGUAUACUCUGAAGGGCGCCUAGAUAAGAAAGGAGAGGGUCUGGUCAUAGAUGAGAUGACUGUGAAAGUGGAGGGCGAUGCUCCUCUGACAUGGAAUGCAGACAAGACUCACUUAGGAGGCCAGCCGCAGGUUAACACUAGUGACUUCUUAGACUACAGGGAAAGCUUACAGGCAAAUCCAAGUGUUGCAACCCACUACCCUUUACACUCGCUCAGGGAUCGCGACCCAGUGUCCACGUCGAUGGCACCUUCCGAUUCACACGGACACGUCCUUUUCGAUCAGGUGUUGAACUCAAAUGACAUGGCUAGAGCCCAGGCUCAGCGAGGGGGAGCAACAUCAGGCGGUAGUAAAGAGAAACGGUUCCUCUGCAUGUUUUGUAACAAAGGCUUCAGCUACCCCCAGAAGGUGGAGAUCCACCAGAGGAUCCACACAGGGGAAAAACCCUUCAGCUGUAACCAGUGUCACAUGCGCUUUGCUCAGGCCGGCACCCUGAAGAGACACCAGAGGGUCCACACAGGGGAGAAACCUUACAGCUGUACCCAGUGUCAAAUGCGCUUCGCCCAGGCUUGCAACCUGAAGAUGCACCUGAAGGUCCAUAUGGGAGAAAGGUCUUCUGACGUUUAGAUCAAACCCUGCAUUAAAGACAAAGGUGCAUUGUCAUUGUUGUCUGCAGAAAAGAUCUACAGAUGCAUUUGGAAUAACGAGUAACAGAUUUCAGUAAUGAAUAUUCCCGGGGAGAAUAUUGCAUCCAGAAUUAGAAUUAGCCUAAAUUAGAACGCAGUGGCUGUACAUGACAUCAGGGUUCAGGUUCUCCGCUUCCCAUCACUGUAUGGGUUUUGACUAACAGCCGUUAUAAAUUUGAGCACCGUGCGCGACAAGAUACCCCCACCCUUCCCGCUAAUUGGGCUACUUUUGCACAUUUGUCUGAGUGAGGCAAAUAUAAAUUGAGGACUCGAAGUGUUCAGAAAGAUGAGACAUUGAGGAUUAUAAUAAAUACCACUGAUGUCAUACAAGCAAACCACACCUGUGAGUCCAAAUGUGCACUUCACAUUUCCAUAUUUGAAAACUCAUGUAAUUUACAGUAUCAGCGUUUAUGAUCGCUAUGUUUGAUCCACAGAUGACAUGCGUUAUACCCUGGGUUGUCCUGAACACAUUGAGCCCGUGUUUGUCGUAUUGUGAAGAAACUUAGCCGCGUAACACUUACUUGAAUGCACUCAUUCUAUGUGCACCAAAAUUACAAUCCGUUUGUCUGAAGUGCCUUUUGGUAUCACUUAGCUAGCCAUGUUGGCAAUAGAAUACACUUUCAAAUGAUGCCCACCUCACCCAGAUGGUGAUGUAUAAUGAUUGCGUAAACAACAACAGUAAUUGUGUGAUGGUGAGGAUGCGGGGCUGUGUUACAAACAACAAAAAAUGACAAGUGUGCUUGCUUCAAUUCCUCAAUGGCAAAAUGCUGAGAAAUGUACAGUAAAUAUAAAAUGAACAUCAAAUUAACAAUGUAACGUCUGGAUUCCAUCUUGUGUCAGGUGAACUGUUGUGUCCUCACCUUUGGUCUGAUAAUUUACCAUAAUCUCCAAAGUGUUCUCUUUUAAUUUCUACCAUGGUAAUGCAUAUGUUUUAUUUUUGUUACUCUGUUAUAGGCCAAUUUCAACAAGUGGAAGUCAUUCUGUAACGACAGUAUAGGACUCAAAUGUAGUGAGGAUGGGUAAACACUAUGUUGAAAGUGUGUUUAUCUCUGUGUGUAUAUACCUGAGGAAGUGUAUGUCUGUGUAAUCUGUAUCACCUCUCUCUUCCAGGAGGGUCCAGAGGUGCUGCUGAUUUUUUUAAAUUUAUUUUUUUAUUUCACCUUUAUUUAACCAGGUAGGCUAGUUGAGAACAGGUUCUCAUUUACAACUGUGACCUGGCCAAGAUAAAGCACAGCAGUUCGACACAUACAACAACAGUUACACAUGGAAUAAACAAACAUAUGGUCAAUAAUACAGUAGAAAAAGUCUAUAUACAGUGUGUGCAAAUGAGGUAAGAGAGGUAAGGCAAUAAAUAGGCCAUGGUGGUGAAGUAAUUACAAUAUUCCAAUUAAACAUUGGAAUGAUUGAUGUGCAGAGGAUGAAUGUGCAAGUAGAGAUACUGGGGUGCAAAGGAGCAAGAUAAAUAAAUACAGUAAGGGGAUGAGGUAGUUGGAUGGGCUAUUUACAGAUAGGCUAUGUACAGGUGCAGUGAUCUGUGAGCUGCUCUGAUAGAUGGUGCUUAAAGCUAGUGAGGGAGAUGAGUCUCCAGCUUCAGUGUUUUUUACAGUUCAUUACAGUUAUUGGCAGCAUUCUUUUGGAGAGAUUGGAAACCCAAAUUGGUCUGCACGGACAAGUUCUGGCCUGGUUUAGAUCUUAUCUGUCGGAAAGAUAUCAGUUUGUCUUGGUGGAUGGUUUGUCCUCUGAAAAAUCAACUGUAAAUGUCGGUGUUCCUCAAGGUUCCGUUUUAGGACCACUAUUGUUUUCACUAUAUAUUUUACCUCUUGGUGAUGUCAUUCGGAAAAAUAAUGUUAACUUCCACUGAUAUGCGGAUGACACACAGUUGGACAUUUCGAUGAAACAUGGUGAAUCCCCAAAAUUGCCCUCGCUGGAAUACUGUGUUUCAGACAUAAGGAAGUGGAUGGCUGCAAAUGUUAUACUUUUAAACUCGGACAAAACAGAGAUGCCUGUUCUAGGUCCCAAGAAACAAAGAGAUCUUCUGUUGAAUCUGACAAUUAAUCUUGAUGGUUGUACAGUCGUCUCAAAUAAAACUGUGAAGGACCUCGGCGUUACUCUGGACCCUGAUCUCUCUUUUGACGAACAUAUCAAGUCUGUUUCAAGGACAGCUUUUUUCCCCAUCUACGUAACAUUGCAAAAAUCAGAAACCUUCUGUCCAGAAAUGAUGCAGAAAAAUGUUUCCAUGCUUUUCUUACUUCCAGGUUAGACUACUGCAAUGCUCUACUUUCCGGUUACCCGGAUAAAGCACUAAAUAAACUUCAGUUAGUGCUAAACACAGCUGCUAGAAUCUUGACUAGAACAAAAAAUUGUAUCAUAUUACUCCAGUGCUAGACUCUCUACACUGGCUUCCUGUUAAGGCAAGGGCUGAUUUCAAGGUCUUACUGCAAACCUACAAUGCAUUACCUUGGCUUGCUCCUACCUAUCUCUCUGAUUUGGUCCUGCCGUACGCUACGGUCACAAGACGCAGGCCUCUUUACUGUCCCUAGAAUUUCUAAACAAACAGCUGGAGGCAGGGCUUUCUCCUAUAGAGCUCCAUUUUUAUGGAAUGGUCUGGCUACACAUGUGAGAGACGCAUACUCGGUCUCAACCUUUAAGUCUUUAUUGAAGACUCAUCUCUUCAGUAGGUCCUAUGAUUGAGUGUAGUCUGGCCCAGGAGUGUGAAGGUGCCCGGAAAGGCACUGGAGCAACGAACCACCCUUGCUGUCUCUGCCUGGCCGGUUCCCCUCU